AUGUGGGCAAAACCUGCGGACAAGCCGCGGUCAUCAAUGGGGAAGAGAAAGCUGCUGCGCUUUGUCGUCAUCAGCUGUAUCGUCACUAGCUUCACCAUUUUCCUUUGGCCCCGUCUAGAAUCCCAGCCGGUCACCACGGAAACUGUUUCCAACAUUACCAUCACCUCCGAUGUUGGCUGCCAGCCGGACUUCGAGGCUCUCCGCCGCUUGAAUGUCCAGAAACUGACCCAGUACGUGCGACGCGAAGUAGUCGCCUCUGAAUCUCCCAGCAACGUCUUGCCGCUGUCACAACGUCUCCAAGUUCCUUUAUUCCCGCAAAAGCCCCAUGGCGACCAACUUCAUCUACCGGAGGAGCUCUUGCAUGAGGACUGCUUAAUACCAAACCCGGUGUCCCUCCAAGUCCCGAUACCCCCCAGACAUGCGGAUGCGUCCCACAUCGACUUCGGUGUCGCUACGACGAUAGAACGGCUGAACGACUCCCUGGACGCGUUUUCUCAUUGGGCGGGUUAUACAAAUGCUCAUAUCUUUGCCUUGGUUGAGCCCGAUGAGAGGGCACACGAGGUGUUGCUCAAGGCCGAUGCGCUUGGAAUAAAUCUCUCAAUAUCGGAGUCGAGUGAAGAGUACCAGCGCCGAUACUUUUCGCUGGUCCCUCACCUGGCCAAGAAUGCGCGUCCCGAAACGAAGUGGUCGUGCGUCAUGGACGAUGAUACAUUCUUCCUCUCGAUGCCAGAGUUGGUCAAAGGGCUCAAGGAGUAUGAUGAAACGAAACCCAUGUACGUGGGUGGACUGUCUGAAAGUAUUCCCCAGGUUGGAGUGUUUGGAUUGAUGGGAUUUGGAGGCGCAGGCGUCUUCUUGUCCCGGCCUCUGAUCCAAGAAUUGAGCCGGCCGGAAGUAUUCGAGGACUGCCAGAGAAUGGAUGUGACGGGCGACCGCAGAAUCUCUCUUUGCAUCUACCAGUACACCAGUGUUCGUUUGACCAUCGACCACCGCCUGCACCAGCUCGACAUGAUGGGCGAUGUGUCUGGGUUUUUCGAGGCGGAACGGCAACCACCGCUGUCAGUGCAUCACUGGAAGUCUUGGUUCCACGCGGACAUGGCCAAAGCCAGUGCGGUCACCGAAAUCUGCGGUGAUUCUUGUCUCCUGCGGAAAUGGCACUUUGGAGAUGGCUGGAUCCUCACCAACGGCUUCUCGGUGGUGAAGUAUAGCAGCGAGAAGAAGCCAGGCGACAGAAGCAUGGAGCUCACGUGGGACAGCCACAACGGUGCUGUUUUCGAGUCAUAUCUGCAUGAGCUUGGUCCUCUCCGCUUAAAGGACGAGGGAAAGAUUAGCUACCUGCACGAAGACGCCAUCAUUGACGGAAACCGCGUCCGUCAAUGGUACGUCCACCGUGACCCGGAGAAAGGUGAUCAAGUUCUAGAGUUGAUCUGGCGAGCAGCCUAA